CCAUCAUUGGGACAAAGUUGUUUAUUGCUACACUAAAAAAUGGAAGCUCUCAAGACCCUUUUCUUAGCCUUUUUUCUUCUCUUAGCUUCAGCAUUGUCUUUAGCCAAUGCCGAAGCCUUGUCUUCAGCCAAUGCCAAAAUCCAGGAGCACGAGUUUGUUAUUCAAGCAACUCCAGUGAAGAGGCUGUGCAACACUCAUAGCACCCUCACAGUGAAUGGACAGUUCCCGGGCCCAACCUUGGAAGUCAACAAUGGAGACACUUUGGUCGUCAAAGUCACUAACAAAGCUCGUUACAAUGUGACCAUUCACUGGCACGGUAUUCGGCAAAUGAGAACAGGAUGGGCUGAUGGACCAGAAUUUGUGACUCAGUGUCCCAUUCGCCCUGGUGAAAGCUACACUUACCGAUUUACAAUUCAAGGACAAGAAGGCACACUUUGGUGGCACGCUCACAGCUCAUGGGUAAGAGCCACUGUUUAUGGAGCUUUGAUCAUUCACCCUAGGGAAGGAGAGUCCUAUCCUUUCCCUAAGCCAAAGCGCGAGACACCAAUUAUGCUAGGGGAAUGGUGGGAUGCAAACCCACUCGAUGUUGUGAGACAGGCCACACAAACAGGAGCAGCGCCUAAUAUAUCCGAUGCAUACACUAUCAAUGGUCAACCUGGCGAUCUAUACAAGUGCUCAAGCCAAGGCACCACCAUAGUUCCAAUAGAUUCUGGCGAGACCAACCUCCUCCGUGUCAUCAAUGCUGCACUCAACCAACCCCUUUUCUUCACUAUUGCCAACCACAAGUUCACAGUGGUUGGUGCUGAUGCCGCCUACCUCAAGCCUUUCACCACCACAGUCAUCGUGCUAGGACCUGGCCAAACCACUGAUGUUCUCAUCAAUGGUGACCAACCACCCUCACGUUACUACAUGGCAGCACGUGCUUACCAAUCUGCUCAAAAUGCUCCCUUUGACAACACCACCACCACAGCCAUUCUUGAAUACAAAUCAGCCCCUUGUCCUGCAAAGGGUGUUGCAAUCAAACCAGUUAUGCCUUCUCUCCCAGCUUACAAUGACACAAACACUGUCACUUCCUUUAGUACAAGCUUAAGAAGUCCAAGGAAAGUUGAGGUUCCCACUGAAAUUGAUGACAACUUGUUCUUCACCAUUGGCCUUGGACUCAACAAUUGCCCUCCAAAUUUCAAUUCAAACCAAUGCCAAGGACCCAACGGGACACGUUUCACUGCAAGCAUGAACAAUGUGUCAUUUACUCUCCCAAACACUGUUUCCAUUUUGCAAGCGCAUCACCUUGGAGUUCAAGGAGUGUUCACCACUGAUUUUCCGUCACAACCUCCGGUGAAAUUUGAUUACACUGGUAACGUGAGCCGUUCACUUUGGCAACCUGUUCCUGGGACUAAAGUCACCAAGUUGAAGUUCGGAUCAAGGGUGCAGAUUGUGUUGCAAGAUACUAGCAUUGUUACCCCUGAGAACCACCCAAUUCAUCUUCAUGGGUAUGAUUUCUACAUUGUGGCAGAAGGGUUUGGAAACUUUGACCCUAAGAAAGACACUUCAAAAUUCAACCUUGCUGAUCCACCUAUGAGGAAUACAGUGGCAGUGCCUGUGAAUGGAUGGGCUGUUAUUAGAUUUGUUGCAGAUAACCCAGGAGCUUGGAUUAUGCAUUGUCACUUGGAUGUUCACAUCGGGUGGGGUUUGGCCACUGUGCUCUUGGUAGAUAAUGGAGAAGGCCUAUUGCAAUCCAUAGAACCCCCUCCAGAGGACCUGCCUCUGUGUUAGGAUACUCAAAAUUAUCAAAUUUGUCACCAUAGUUUGUAAUUUUUCCUAGUUCAUUGUUGUUUUGUUUCCCUUUAUUAGGGGAUAUUUCUCCUUUUGCUCUGUUUCUUUGUUCUUUCCAUUUAUAGAUAA